AAAGGCGAUGAGUGUGCUAAAGUUUAUAACCGCUGGACUGUCAGAUAUGUCAUCGUGUUUAGUUACUGAAAUAAUCGAUACAUUGGAUAUUACGGGACGUGAAAGGACAACCACUCACAAAAUAUGACUUCAGUCAGAUGGAGUGGGUGUUCAUCAUGAACCGGAUGAACUCUCCGGGAAGUUUGGCAGCUCAGCGUCGGCGCAUGGCCCUCGGAGUGGCCAUCCUCCUACUGGUGGAUGUUAUCUGGGUCGCCUCCUCCGAGCUGACCUCCUACAUCUUCAAGCGACAGGAGUACAACAAACCUUUCUUCAGCACAUUCACCAAAACCUCCAUGUUUGUGCUGUACCUGCUGGGUUUCCUGCUGUGGCGCCCCUGGAGGCAGCAGUGCACACGCAAUCUGAAAAGUCAGCGCUCUGUCUUCUUUGAUGCUGACCCUUCCUUCACCUCCUGUGCCACUGACACCCCCAUAAAUAAUGGUUUGAGUGAACCACUGUACGUUCCGGUGAAGUUCCAGGAUGUAGCGGCUGAGCAUUCAAACAAUUUUACUGGAGACUGUAAAGUUUCUCCCAAAAAGCAACGGGUGCGUUUCAGUAAUAUCAUGGAGGUGCGUCAGCUGCCGUCCACUCAAGCCCUGGAGGCUAAGCUGUCCCGCAUGUCCUACCCCGCAGCCAAAGACCAUGAAGCUGUGCUGCCCAGUGUGGGCAAGCUCACCGUCACCGAUGUGGCCAAAGUCAGCUUCUUCUUCUGUUUUGUGUGGUUCCUGGCUAACCUGUCCUAUCAGGAAGCCCUUUCAGACAUGCAGGUGGCCAUCGUAAACAUCCUGUCUUCCACCUCAGGCCUGUUUACACUCAUCUUAACUGCCAUAUUUCCAAGCAACAGCAGUGACCGCUUCACCUUGUCCAAACUGUUAGCUGUGGCUCUCAGCAUAGGAGGUGUUGCCCUUGUGAGUUUUUCCAGCAUGGACAACCCCAAUGACAAAGGCGUCAUAGGCUCCUUGUGGUCAUUGGCUGGAGCCGUACUGUAUGCUAUCUACAUCGUAAUGAUCAAGAGACGAGUGGAUCGGGAGGACAAGCUCAACAUUCCCAUGUUCUUUGGGUUUGUGGGUCUAUUCAACCUGCUGCUGCUGUGGCCCGGUUUCCUCGUGCUACACUACACGGGCUUUGAGAUGUUUGAACUUCCGAGCAAGCUGGUGUGGACUUACAUUCUCGUUAACGGCCUCAUCGGAACAGUUCUCUCAGAGUUCCUGUGGCUGUGGGGCUGUUUCCUCACUUCCUCCUUGAUCGGCACUCUGGCACUGAGCCUUACAAUCCCGCUUUCUAUUCUGGCAGAUAUUUGCAUGCAGAAGGUACGCUUCUCGUGGCUGUUUUUUGCCGGGGCUGUCCCAGUCUUUCUGUCCUUCUUCAUUGCUACACUUUUGUGCCAUUACAACAACUGGGAUCCUGUCAUGGUCGGCGUGAGGAGACUGUACGCCUUCAUUUGCAGGAAACACCGUAUUCAGAGGUUUGUCAAUGUUUGA